AUGUAUACUUUUGAAAAAUUUGGAACCGAAGAAAAGUCUAUAUGGAAAUGUGACCAAUAUAAAAAAAUGAAAUGUAAAAGUCGUAUUCAUUCUCUUAAUAAUGAAAUACUUAAAGAAAUACAACACAAUCAUGUACAAGAUUGUGGAAAUAUUGAAGCUGCCAAAGCCGUUAAUUUAAUCAAAAAUAUGGCUACGCAAAAUGUGGAUUUGAGUACUCGCGCUGUAAUUAGCUCAGCUUCGACAUCUUUGACAAGUGCUGCUGCAGGGCAAAUGCCAUCAUUGUCUGUCUUAAAGAGAACAGUACAGCGUAUUCGACAAAAAGAACAAGCUACUCCACCAAACCCAAAAAGUUUAUUAGAAUUGAUCAUACCAGACGAUUAUAGAACAACAUUUGACGGAAAACCUUUUUUAUUGUUCGACAGUGGUCCUGUAGAAAAUAGAAUUUUAAUUUUCUCCACCAAAAAAAACCUACAACUUCUACAAAAAUGUGAACACUGGUUUGCUGAUGGCACUUUUUCUACGUCACCAAAUUUAUUUUACCAAAUUUACACUGUUCACGGAAUUAAAUUUAAUAAUGUUUUUCCAUCAAUAUUUGCAUUGCUACCAAAUAAAACUAAAACCACAUAUGUUAAUUUCUACAACGCAUUAAAAACAUUAAACGAAUCAUUAAAUCCAAAAUCAAUUAUGGUUGAUUUUGAAAAAGCUGUGAUUAAUGCGAUUCAAAGUGUUUUUACCAACACAUCAGUUCGUGGGUGCUUUUUUCAUCUAUCGCAAAGCAUUUGGAGACGCUUGCAAAACUUAGGAUUCCAAAAAAGGUACAUGGAAGACUCGGAAUUUGCUUUGCAAAUUAGAAUGAUGGCAGCACUUAGUUUUGUACCAGAAGAGGAUGUAGAAAAUGCCUGGAAUGAACUACUGGACUAA